UACAUAAAGUGAAGUAGCCUCUCACUCUUCUCCCUCUCGUGCCUUUGCCCUCUGCGCUCUCUCUCUCUAUUUUCCGAGAGAGCCAUUUUCGACCUAAAGAAAGAUUCUUGCUAAAAUUUUAUAAUGGGUAAGGAGAAGGUUCACAUUAAUAUCGUGGUCAUUGGUCAUGUUGACUCUGGAAAGUCGACCACCACUGGUCAUUUGAUAUACAAGCUUGGAGGUAUUGACAAGCGUGUUAUUGAGCGGUUUGAAAAAGAAGCCGCUGAAAUGAAUAAAAGAUCAUUCAAGUAUGCUUGGGUCUUGGACAAGCUCAAGGCUGAGCGUGAGCGCGGUAUUACCAUUGAUAUUGCUUUGUGGAAGUUUGAGACCACUAAAUAUUACUGCACUGUCAUUGAUGCUCCUGGGCAUCGUGACUUCAUCAAGAACAUGAUCACUGGUACCUCACAGGCUGAUUGUGCUGUGCUUAUCAUUGAUUCUACCACUGGUGGUUUUGAAGCUGGUAUUUCCAAGGAUGGUCAGACCCGUGAGCAUGCUUUGCUUGCCUUCACCCUUGGUGUCAGGCAAAUGAUCUGCUGUUGCAAUAAGAUGGAUGCGACAACACCGAAGUACUCCAAGUCCAGGUAUGAUGAAAUUGUGAAGGAAGUUUCUUCCUAUCUUAAGAAGGUCGGUUACAACCCUGAUAAGAUCCCCUUUGUUCCAAUCUCUGGAUUUGAGGGUGACAACAUGAUUGAACGGUCAACAAACCUUGACUGGUACAAGGGCCCUACCCUCCUUGAGGCUCUUGACAUGAUUCACGAGCCCAAGAGGCCCUCGGACAAGCCUCUUCGUCUCCCACUACAGGACGUUUACAAGAUUGGUGGCAUUGGCACUGUUCCUGUUGGUCGUGUUGAAACUGGUAUUAUUAAACCCGGUAUGGUUGUCACCUUUGGGCCAAGUGGACUCACUACUGAAGUCAAGUCAGUUGAAAUGCACCAUGAGUCUUUGGUAGAGGGUCUGCCUGGUGACAAUGUUGGUUUCAAUGUGAAGAAUGUUGCUGUCAAGGAUCUAAAACGUGGCUUUGUUGCAUCUAACUCCAAAGACGAUCCUGCAAAGGAAGCUGCCAACUUCACAGCCCAGGUGAUUAUCAUGAACCAUCCUGGCCAAAUUGGAAAUGGUUAUGCCCCAGUCCUUGACUGCCACACCUCCCACAUUGCGGUGAAGUUUGCUGAGAUUACAACCAAGAUUGACAGGCGGUCUGGCAAGGAGCUUGAGAAGGAGCCCAAGUUCUUGAAGAAUGGUGAUGCUGGAUUUGUUAAGAUGAUUCCAACCAAGCCCAUGGUUGUGGAAACUUUCUCCGAGUACCCUCCACUUGGCCGUUUUGCUGUUAGGGACAUGCGUCAAACUGUUGCUGUCGGUGUUAUCAAGAGUGUUGAGAAGAAGGAUCCAAGUGGUGCCAAGGUUACCAAGUCCGCUGCCAAGAAGAAAUGAAAGGUUUGUUUUAGAAAACCAAUGCUAAGGGAAGUAGUGUCUAUGGUCUUCUUUAGUUAUAUGGUCAAUUUUGUCUCAAUGGGCUUUUAUGGCCUUUAUUGCUGCACUCUAGCCUCACUUGUGGGGAUGGUGGAGGUGUUGAGCACUUAGGUUCCAACCUGAGUGGCUUGACAAGCAAUGGCAAAACCUACAAACCCGUUAUAUUGUGCUUCCCCUCUUUAGUAAACUGAGUUUUUAGUUUCUAGUUGAAGAACAAAUUUGGAUUGGAUAACAAACGUUUUGAGGUCCCUUGGAUGUUUUCAUUUCAGUGAGACUUGAGGUGUACGUCUUGAAUUACCUUUACAGUGCUAGGUUUGUGCUUAGUGUU